AUGGUGUCUGCAGCGGAGGUUGCGGAGCAAGUGGCGAAAGCAGAGCCGAGUCAGAAUGAAAGAGAUCAAGCAAUGCGUAUGCUUCACCGUUGGUCAGAGACAGACGCAAGCAUCAAAGCAGACGACGAGACAGUGAAACUAUACGUCGUGCUGCGCCAUGCCCAUCCAGGCAUGGAAUUGGAGAAGUUGCCUUCGACCCGCAAUGCUUUGAUAGACCCGAACAGUCUUCCAGACUUGCCUCAGCAGUACAAAGACGGUAACUUCUACGUGGUGGACCAGGUGGUCAGCCGCUCGGAGCUUGGCGUGGGCGUUUUGCAGUUCGAAGUUUCCGCAGGCUACAUGCGAAGUGUGGCCCUGGACGGGGUGGAGAGCGGUCCAGAUGCCCAGGAGAAUCUUCCGCAACUCCAGACAACAACUGCAGACUCGCUUGCGACCCCGGCCAAGGAGACCAAGACCCCGGAGAUCCAUGAGGCGGCUGAAAGCCAGCAGCGUGUGCUGACCAAACAGGACAGCGAUGCCAAUGAGGCAGACACGGCAGAACUCAUCGCCAAGAAUGCUAGCGCAGCCUUUGCGCAGGGCCGGCUGUACAGCAGUGACGUCAAUGACCCGGGAACGGCCGAAUUCUGGCUUCGGGCGCAGCUGGGCUGA